AUGGUUGGUUGCAUACGUAAAUUAAACAAUGUCAAAUUUACUCCAAAGGUUAUAACAUGUCGUAAUUACUCGGCCUAUGAGUCUGAAGUAAUGAAAGAAGAUUUUAGGAGAGUCAAUUGGCAGUCAUUAUAUACUAUGAACGAUGUUAACAAGGCAUUAGAGUACUUUAACUAUACUGUUAAAGCUAUCUUUGACCGUCAUGCACCUCAAAUGGUUAAGAAAGUAAGAGGAAAACCUUGUCCAUGGAUUAAUUCUGAUAUCAGAAAAACAAUGUCGUCUAGAGAUUGUAUGCUAAGAAAAGCGCGUAGAACAAAAAAGGUAGAACAUUGGAAUUUAUAUAAGAAAUUACAAAACGCUUGCAAUAACAAAAUGCGGUUUGCGAAGAGUACAUAUCAUAACGACUUGUUGGAAACAGCAUCAAGUCCUAAAAAGUUUUGGAAUAUAAUUAAAAAUAUCUUUCCCGCGAAAUCUAAAUCGAUAUCGAUGUCAGUGAACUCAAAAAAUGACAAAAACAAACACAGGGUAAAUAUCUUUAGUACAUACUUUGCUAAUGCUAUUCAACUGCUAAAGGAAAAAUCAAUGCCGUUAAAACGAAUUUUGCAUGGAAGCGACAAGAACACAGAGAAUAUUCCAAAUUAA